CUCUUGGACAUAUAUAAACUGCCGAGUAUUCCAGUAAUCGCAGACAGAAUGGAGUUGGUCCUUGCAUUGUUGAUGGUCUCAGUGGCCGCUGCUAUUCCAGCUGAUACUUACACGACCAAGUAUGACAACUUGGACGUCGGAGAGAUCCUCAAGAACGAGAGGCUCUACAAGAAGUAUCAAGAGUGUCUUUACGACACUGGUACAUGCUCGCCUGAUGGAAAGGAACUCAAAGACGUUUUGGCAGAAAUAAUAAAAACAGACUGUAAGAAAUGUUCUGAAAAACAAAAGAAUAACAUAGUCAAAUAUCUGAAGGUAGUUUUAACAGAAAAGCCAGACGACUACCUAAAGCUUGAGAAAAUCUACGAUCCUGAACAAAUUUUCAGAAAGAAAUAUAGUUCUUGAAUUACAAUCACUACUAAUAAGUUUUAUAAUUAAUUGCUGAGAAUGGUGAUACAGUAUUUGAGAAAAUAUCAUUCUCUAUUUAAACAUAGUUUUCGUUAAUUUGUAUACAUCAAGCCAUCUAAAAUAAAACUUAAAAUCAGUUUUUGUCAUUA